GCUCUGAGGAUGUUUCUUACACAGCGGCUGAAAUGAGCUGAAGUCAACUCUGGUUGUUUUGAAUCCCUCACGUCCAUCGACCUGCUUCUCCAGCAGUGAGAUCUUUUUACUCAACGAUGAUGCGUCUCAGCUUGAAGGCCUGUCUGCGUCUGCUAUGUGGAAUAUCUGUGUUGUUCUCCGUGGAAGGGGAGAUCACCUCCAUCACAGAAACAAGCAGCCAGGCGGCUACUGCUGCACCAAACACGGCAAACAUGCUGCUCACCUCUGCACACAAGGAAGCAGAGACGCAGGCUGCCACCUUGGAUCGUUCUGUGCCUCACAAUCCUGCAGAAGUCACGGCGACAGCUCACACCUCUGUUUCACACACAGCAGAAACAGAGGAGGCAGUUGCAAGCAGCUCAAACGGCAGCACGGCUGGUUUGGUUGUUGUGACCACAGCAGCAGCAGCAGCAGCAAGUAGCUCAGGACCACCGACGCUUCAGACCCCGACAGCGGUGACCACAGCUCGGCCUACAGGUGAUGCACAAACUCCCCAAGAUACGACAAUCUCUGAAACGGUGAAACCUACAGAGGAUAAGACACAGCGACCAUCAUCCACCACCUCCACCGACGGGACUUCUCCUGAAACCACCUCUGCAACAUCGCUGCGCCUCACGUCCACGACUAACCCAGAGGUUACAUCAGGUUUAUCUCCCAGCACCACCUCUCAGACAUCACAUACCAGUCCCUCAUCUUCUACUGGGACUGUCACAAACCCUGCCUCCGAGGUAUCUGACACCACUUCUUCACCUGUCACGACGACAAAGACCCUCACCACCAGCAGCUCUGAGAGUUCAGCCUCGUCUCACUCUCCCACUGAGUCUCCCACCGACAGCUCCUCCAGCUCCACCUCCCUUGUCUCCACCAGUCCGGCAGCUAUCUUUCCCAAGAGGUUGCCAAUCCCAUGGACCACAGCAACUCCAGCAAACACAGCAGCACCUUGUAAAGUCUCAAAAGUCCCACCCAGCCCCUCUGAGGGCCACCCGUGCUCCACCCGCGGCACGAAGAACCACUGCCUGAUCGCCAUCGCCUCUCUGGCUGUGUUGGCCUGCAUCUUCAUGGUCUCCACCAUCAUCCUGUGCACCAAGCUGUCAUCCAGGAGAUACAAGGUCAGGAGGCCCAAGGAGUCGACUGAGAUGAUGUGCAUCUCCACCCUGCUGCCCGAGGAGGACUUCAUCUACACAAGGCACCGCACCCCCAUCGCCAACGGGGUGCUGGUGUUCCCCGGUGGCAGAGACAGCGACGAGGACGGAGGAGAUAACGUGACCCUCAGCAGCUUCCUGCCAGAGAACGACCGUUAUGUUUAGAGACAUUUGUCAGACCUGCAGUUUGUGGAAGGUCUGAGGAAUUAUUGAGAACUCAAAGCUCUUAACAGUCCCAGUCAUUCACUUCAAACUGCACUUUUUCCUUUCCAGCCCAGACGUUAGGGCCAGUUUGGGAUUCAGCAUCUUGCCCCCAAAAAAAACUUCAGAACGCAGCCUGGGGGAGUCAGGGAUCGAACCGCCGACCUUCCUCUCUACCUCCUGAGCCAAGAUCAGGCUGUUGUCAGUGAUGUGGAGACAGUUGCUGUUUUAAUAAUAUAUGCUUCCUCUUUGAUGUUGGUGGUUAGGCUUCAGUGCAUGCUCCUGCAGGAAGUACAGACAGAAACCACACACACACUUUGUUUUAUUAUCUCACACUGAAGGCUGAACGCUUGGAUGAGGAUCAUGAUCAUAGAUUUUAUUUGUCUGAGCCUUGAUUGUAUUUCACUCAGGAAGACUGGUUUUGUCACAGACACUGGUCUCUGGUCCCUCUGAGGCUUUAUCACAUUAAUGGAGUAUUUUAUUUUGUUGAUGACAAACGUUAUGUGUCUCUGAACGAGUGAAUGUUUGUUUUGAAAUGCAGUUUGUGGGAUAAUUUAUUAAAGGAGAAUUGUAUUUAAUGUUUUAGUUCAAUGCUUUUUUUUUCAUGGGUCUGUUAUUGCUUCAUAAUUUUUCACAAACUUCCUGAAAAGAAGUCUAUAAUAAGGACAAAGGUCAAAGCACUUUUAGUUCAGAGGCUGUGUUGAGUUGAGAAAAAUAAAUUUGAAUAAAGGAAAUCUACUCGAGGGCUGAUGGAUCCAAAAAACCUCAGAAGUCUGAUGAGGAGCCUCGUGCUCGAAGCAUCACUGGUAAAUUAAUCCUUUAACAGGAACUUUAGGUUUACGCAAAAGUUUUAAAGAAGUCGCCCAUUCAUUAUCUAUACCACUUAUCCUUAAACAGCCACCUACAUGGGCCCCUGUUCAAAAAAGACAUGAACGGCCUAUUGACGAGGUUAAAGGUCAUAGGGAGUCCUGGAGCCUGGAGCUGACAUUGGUACAGUUUGAGCCAGGAUUCAAACCUAGAACCUUUCUGCUCCAUUUAGACCGAAACAAACAGGCAGCCUGGGUAAUUGGAGCUGAUAAUUCUGUGGU